UUUUAACCUUUGAGUGUGAUUUUGACUGUGGUUGGUGGACUAUGAGGCUUGGCCUUAAACCUUGCUGUUAGUUACACCGUUAUUUAAACUGAGCCAAAAAUACUGGGUUCGAUAUUGGUCCGUUAAAUUGUACGGUGCCGAAAAUGGUUCCAAAUAUGGCUGUUUAUAAAAUUAGCAAAAGUGUGGCUAAAAACCUAAUGAAUACAGUAGAGACAUUCUUUUUUGAUUGUGAUGGUGUUUUAUGGAAUUCUUAUGGACCUAUUCCUGGUGCUAUUAAAACAAUCAAGACAUUAAAACUUAUGAAUAAAAAGGUAUUCUUUGUUACAAAUAAUAGCAGUUUCUCAAGAAAAGAUUAUUUAAAAAAAUUCCUUAAAUAUGAAAUCGCUAUUGAAGAGAAUGAAAUAUUAUCCACUGCUUUUUUAGCUGCAACCUAUGUCAAAAAUAUUUUAAAAUUGAGAAAAGUAUAUAUGAUUGGAAAUGUUGGAAUGGCAACAGAAUUUGAAAAUGCUGGGAUAGAAUUUAUAGGUUUUGGUCCACAAUUACCUGAAAAUGACCAAACUAAACAUUAUUGUCUAAAUUAUGACGUAACAGUACAAGAUGAUGUAGAAGCUGUUGUUGUUGGAUUCGAUCCACAUUUUAAUUUAAAUAAAAUUUCACAAGCAAUGCAAUACCUGGCCAAAGGUCUUCCAUUCAUUGCAACAAAUACUGACAACAGAUUUCCUGUAGGAAACGGCGUGUUUACACCAGGUACUGGUUGUAUUGUUUCAGCAGUUCAAACUGCAGCUCAAAGAGAACCAAACGUUCUUGGGAAACCAAAUAGUUUGUUAUUUGACGUAGCUAAAUCUUUAUGUGAUAUCAAUCCAAGUAAAACAGUCAUGUUUGGUGACAGGCUGGAAACUGAUAUUUUAUUUGGGAAAAAAUGUGGUUUCCAAACCGUUUGUGUUUUAUCAGGUGUAACAAAUGAAAGUCAGUUAGAAGCGAUGCUGUCAAAUAAAGAUACAGACCUCUACCCACAAUUUAUUGCAGAUAGUUUACAAGACUUUGCUGAUGCGUUGGAAGAUUAAUUAUCGUGGAAGACAAAAAGAUGCCCUACAAAAUGCCAUACUUAGAGGACUUGGAAGAGGAUAUUUAUUUACCAGUCUUUUUUCAAAAAACUUUUUAGACUUGACUACGAAUUUUUAUCUUUUUUAUUUAUGCUCUUAUUACAAGCAAGGGGAGGUCGUUCUAGGUGGAGCCGAUCUUGAUUCUUAAAGUCUUAUUCCUGGAACUUAUUGAUAAAGCCAAGAGAAUAAUCCAAAAUUUGAUGCUGUUAUAAUGGCCAGUUUAAAAAGAGCAAUUCUUCUGUGGGGACUUGAAAUUUUGUUUAUGAAAUAAAGAGUUCGAAUUAGGGAAAGAAAGUGUAAAAAAAAAAUUUCACGGUGACUAAAUUGUUUUAAAUGUUUUCGAAUUAUACAUUCAUAUCGCAUGUAUGUACAAAAUACAAAUGGUACUACUACUAA